GUGUUAGCUAGCAGCAAGAUAGCGACGGUGCAAUAACGACGGACACCAGUGAAGGAAGCAGGCCGUUAGACUGAUGGGGAAGAAAAGUCGUCUCACGGGUGGAGCAGUGGGUCGAAGAACCAUCUUACAGCUAUCGCCUCCCGGAUCACGCAGUGGGAAUGUCGGGGAGAGGGAUGAAGCGUUGUCGGGGUCAGACGAUGAACAGGAAAGUGAUGGGCACAGAUUCCUGAAAGACAGACGCACCAACAUGAAGGCUCCCACGGUGAAAGCCACAGAGGGUUUGUCUUUGCUCGGAGCAUAUGAGGAUAGUGAUGAAGAGGAUGUGGGAGACUCUCAGCGAUCCACUGCAAAUCCCCUCAACCGGUCAGCAGACAUUGACAGCACAUUGGCCAAUUUCAUGGCAGAAAUAGAUGCAAUAACCACUCAGCCAAGCACAGAUGGUGCAGGAUCUUCUGUUGCUGCUUCCACUCCACCCAGACCUGAAGUUAAUACUCAGCAGACAGCUGCCAAUGAAGGACAGAAUCAACAAGUCACAGAAGCUCAAUUCGAGUUCAAUACUCAGUACUCAUUAGCUGGAGUGGAUGUAGAGAUGGGGGACUGGCAGGAGGUAUGGGAUGAGAACUCUGGCUGCUACUAUUACUGGAAUACGGUUUCUAAUGAAGUCUCCUGGGAGCUGCCACACUAUCUGGCUAAUCAGGUGCAAAGCCUGGCAAAGUAUGCAAACAGCACUGGUGUAAAUGGCAAUGGUACAGCCCAUGCAGGUCAUUGCACAGAGGAAAACACCCAGACAUCAACGAAAGAGACCAAAAUAAAGAAGGAUGUAAUAGAAAGUGUCGUGGGCCUCACAAGUGAAGAGGAGGAGCGCCGUGGAGUGGCUGCCUCACUGCUCGGUCCCUUAAUCCCUUCAGAAGUGAAAGAGGCCGAAGAAAAAUGGAGAAAACGACUGCUUAAAGGUUUGGACGAGCCUGAAAACAGUUUGGAUUCCGAUGGAGAUGGUGUUUGCCCAGCAGGAUCACCCCUUGCACCAGUGCAGGACCAAGACUCAGUCCCCAUCGCUCAGAAAGAUCUUGCUAAGAAGCAGUCAAGAGAGAAUUCUGAUGCUGAGGAGACUGAGGAAGACACAAUGGAACUAGAGCUGGCUCUAGAGAGGAAAAAGGCUGAGCUACGGGCACUUGAGGAAGGUGAUGGAAGUGCAGGGGGUUCUAGUCCCUGUUCUGAAGCAAGUCAAGAAGCUGCUGGUUCUCGUGGAGUUCUACUCAAGAAAAAUCGCUGGAAGACCGCCUUUCCCUCUGUAGCCAGCCCUGACUCAAACAGCAGAGGGUCAGACCUACAGGAGAGCACAGAACCUGUCCCCCCAAAGGUCCUAGAAAGUGUUGUUGAGGAUGAGGACAAAGAACCGGACGACUCUGAGGAAAAAACUGGGACAAAGCCCCCAGCAAAAGAUGAGGUGGAAACGCCUGAGCUUAAGUUUCAGAUUGGGGAACUGGCGAACACCUUAACCAGCAAGAUGGAGUUCCUGGGGAUAAAUAAAAAGGCAAUCUCAAACUUUCAGCUUCUUCUGCUCCAAACUGAGACAAGGAUCGCUGACUGGAGGGAGGGCGCUCUGAACGGGGUCUAUCUCCGCCGCAGGCUGCAGGAAGCUGCCGAACACAUAAAAUAUUACGAACUUAACGCCACCCCUAAAGGCUGGUCCUGCCACUGGGACAGAGAGCACAGGCGGUAUUUUUAUGUGAACGACCGGACCGGUGCCUCGCAGUGGGAUUUCCCAACAGAGGAUGACAAGGCGGAGGAUGCCAAAGGAAGCCAUGACACACAAACUUCCAAUCAAGUGGAUACUAAACCAUCAUCUGCGCCCACUGGUGGGGUAUCAGGAUCCUCUGCGUAUCCUGCCCCACCUGCACCCCCCCUGCCCACUACAACCUCAUUCUGGCCUGCAUCACAACCUCCCCUUCCGGACAGCCCACCACCACCUUCCCACUACCCCCCUCCUCCACCCCUCCCCCCAGGUUCCCCCCCUCCUCCUCCGCCCCUGCCUGACAGCGAUAGUGAGAUCAUGGAGGUGGAGAUGGAGAUGGACGAUGACAAUGACGGUGAGCCUCCAGCUCCUGGAACAGAAGAAGAUGGCAGUGGUAGACCUCCUUUACCUCCAGGCAUUACAAGCACAAAGAUUGGGGAGUCUUCAGGCCCUUUGGGGAAGGGGCAGAAACGUAAAGCGGGCCAAAUGAAUAAAACGAUUACUAUUGGCAGCAGCCCCAUCCUCUACACCCAACCUGCUGUCAGUGCAGCUCCUGUAAUGCCAGUGGCGGCCUAUUGGGCUGUUCCGGCUGUUGCUGCCCCUAUAGUCCCACUGGAACCUCCAAUCCCACCUGUCCCAGCUCUGCCCCCCCAGCCUCCACUGCCUUUAACCCAACCACCGUUUGAUCCGCCUCCACCAAAACCACUACCUGCAGACAAGACCAAAAAGCCCAAAAAGGACAAGCAGUCAAAGAAAAUUAAGACCAAAAUGCCUUCUUUGGUGAAGAAGUGGCAGAGCAUCCAGAAAGAGCUGGAUGAGGAAGAGAAAAGCAGUUCCAGUGACGAGGACAGAGAUCAGCAGAAUAAGAAGAGCAUUGAGGAAUGGAAGCAGCAGCAGCUCGUGACAGGAAAGGCCUCAAAGAAUGCCAACUUUGAAGCACUUCCUGAAGACUGGCGGGAACGACUCAAGAAAAGGAAAAUGAACAGCACGUAACAUCUGGCCACUAACCCAAUUCAAUCUUUUUUAAAUCCACUCCAUACAUUACCAAAAGGUCCUCCUUCACCAGCUUAUGUUUCAUCUGUUGACAUUCAUUUUCGGUUCUUUUUUUUUUUUUUUUUUUAAACAAAUAGCAUUGUUCGUGAGACGUUUAGAGGCCCUAACAUGGCAGGCCAUUCACCACAGGGGUUUGAAUGUCCUUUUUUGUUUUGGCUCAGUUUAGUCACUAAUAAUGUGCCAAAUGUCUUGUGUUCAUCAGUCGUACAUCACUCUCUUCUUGUGUAUAGACACCCACUUAAGUGACAGUCUGUUGGGAAGGAUUGUCUAUUUUAUGGAGCAUUUUUACAACUCUGUACAUAAAAUGUAUCAUGUUAUAAGCCAUGUUUUUGGAAGGGGAGGGAACAUUACUUGUACAUUUUGUAAAAAUUAUUAAACUGUUUUUCAAAGUAA